AUCUAAGCAAUGUGUGACACACUCGAACAACGGCGUUAGAUUUGGCGCGGAAACGUGUGUGUUGAUAGUGCGAUAUAUCCAGUUCGACGUGUGGUAAUAUUCCAAAUAAAUCCCCAAAAUGGCAGAUAAAGAGCAAGUUCCAGAACCUUUUGAUGAUGCUGUCGAAGAACGUGUCAUUAAUGAAGAAUAUAAAAUAUGGAAGAAAAACACACCAUUCCUGUACGACCUAGUAAUGACCCAUGCUCUAGAAUGGCCCAGUCUUACAUCACAAUGGUUGCCAGAUGUCACAAGACCUGAAGGCAAAGAUUACUCCAUCCAUCGGUUGGUACUUGGAACACACACAUCUGAUGAGCAGAAUCAUCUUGUCAUUGCUAGUGUUCAACUUCCUAAUGAUGAUGCACAGUUUGAUGCGUCUCAUUAUGACAGUGAAAAAGGAGAGUUUGGUGGUUUUGGUUCAGUCAGCGGAAAGAUUGAGAUUGAAAUUAAAAUCAAUCAUGAAGGUGAAGUAAACAGAGCUCGUUAUAUGCCACAGAACGCUACCAUUAUCGCAACCAAGACACCAUCAAGUGAUGUAUUGGUCUUUGACUACACAAAACAUCCUUCAAAACCAGAUCCAAGCGGUGAAUGUCAGCCUGAUUUGAGACUGAGAGGACAUCAGAAAGAAGGCUAUGGAUUAUCGUGGAAUCCAAACCUCGGUGGAAAUCUCCUCAGUGCAUCAGAUGAUCAUACCAUUUGUUUGUGGGAUAUCAAUAAGAAUCCUGAGGAGAAUCGAGUGGUUGAUGCUAAGACAAUCUUCACCGGACACUCAGCAGUCGUUGAAGAUGUUUCCUGGCAUCUUCUUCAUGAGAGUCUAUUCGGUUCAGUAGCAGAUGAUCAGAAACUUAUGAUCUGGGAUACCAGAGUGAAUAAUACAUCAAAGGCAAGCCAUGCUGUUGAGGCUCAUACAGCUGAGGUUAACUGCCUCUCAUUCAAUCCAUACAGUGAAUUUAUCCUAGCCACUGGAUCCGCUGAUAAGACUGUUGCAUUGUGGGAUCUCCGUAAUUUGAAACUCAAGCUACACUCGUUUGAAUCUCAUCGGGACGAGAUCUUCCAGGUUCAGUGGUCGCCUCAUAACGAGACAAUCUUAGCGUCAAGUGGAACAGACAGAAGACUCAAUGUAUGGGAUCUCAGUAAAAUUGGUGAGGAACAGACUAUAGAGGAUGCUGAAGAUGGUCCCGGAGAAUUGUUGUUUAUUCAUGGAGGACACACGGCUAAGAUCUCAGACUUCUCCUGGAACCCCAACGAGCCUUGGGUUAUUUGCUCAGUAUCGGAGGAUAAUAUUAUGCAAGUCUGGCAAAUGGCUGAAAACAUCUACAACGAUGAAGAGCCAGACACCCCUGCUACUGAAUUGGAACCACCCACCUCACAAUAAACUACUAUGCAUCCAGGUGACAUGUGAUGUCUUCCUGAAUGUUCCAUUUGUGUUUGAGGGAAGAACUUAACAACCAAAAAAUAUUAGAAAACAUUGACCUAUUUGUGUAAAACACGCUACCUGUUUCUUUCUUAAGUUAAUGACAUUUGAAACAGAGUAAAGAAAACUUUUACUACAAAACUUUAAUGUUAGGUGAAAUAACUAUUUCUGUAAAACUCUUUAACUCGGUUUUUAGUAAGUUAUUUCAUUGAGUGAACAAUAAGUUAUUAAUGACUGCUCAGAAGUACUGUGUACAUGUAAUUGCCAAACACUCUAUGAUAUUAUAUUAUGAACAACCUAACCAAUCUGGUUGGUGGUCAAAACAUUCUUCAGAGCAAUUCACGGUUCAAAUUCUCCAAAAUCUUCUGCAGGAAGUUGUUGAUUUUUGUAGGAUUUGGAACAAACCAAAUACACUUAUCAUUAUAACUUAUAAGGCAUACAUGUACCAAUCUUUAUCCAAGUCGAAACAUCUUGGUGAAGGAGGUGUUUUGGAGAAUGAGGGAAAGACUCUGCCAAGGUCAAAAUGUCAGACCAUUAACUAUUCGUUUGCAUCUAUUAUAGACUUGACCGAUUCUGCACCAAGUCAGUAUCAAGUCAUGAGAGUAACUUGAGUAAAUUAUGUGUUUUUUAUAUAUCAUGUUGUGUUGCCAUUUUGACAGAAGAUUACAGGUUUUGUUUUUCUUUUCUAAGUCCAUUCAUGUAAAUUUUAAAAUUACUGGACAGGGUACAGUCAUGCAAUGUUUCAGCAAAAAUGCCCUCAUUUAUAGUUUCUCAGCUCAGUCAAUGAAAAUAGAAAAAACAUGGUACAAAAGUUGACUGUGCCUGGCACUUUGCUAUGAGAAUCCAUUGUAAGCAGUGAGCACUUUUAUGUUCAUGGUUUCUUGUAGAAGGAACCGUUUCUUGAGAAGUUUAGAAUGUUAAAUAUUGACAGAGAAAUAAACCAGAACGAAGAACCAA